AACUGAUAUGUUGAUCCAUCAAUAUACACAUUCCCUAUGAACAUAAACUGUUUUGCUUUUGCUUUUUACAUGUGAUUCUCUACAAUACAUACAGAUAAAUAUAUAUUUUUUUUUUUAUUUCCUCAUAAAAUGUGUCAUGAGUUAAACAUCAACCCACCAGGGAUAUAUCAGGAGCUGCAGGAAGUAGCCAGUUUAGGAAAAGCGUAAGAAAGUUUUCAAGUGGUGUGACUGCAGAAUCUUAAGGUAAAGAUGUCCCGCACCAUUCUGUAUCCGCUGCUGCUUCUUCUGUUCAGCUCUGCCUCUAGGUCUGAGGUCCCGCAGGCUGAGGGGACUGAGCAUUUGAAUGUAGAGGAAAGAGGCGCUCUUUUGGCCUCUGGUGAGUUUGAGCAACACUUUCUCUCAGGGAUCCACUUUGAGCUGGCAGAGCUGAGGUCCACUGUGAGUUCUCUGAAGAACAGACUGCAGGUCACUGAGGAGCAGCUGGAGCAGCUCAAGAGAAAAGAAUAUAAGGUGGCAUUUGCUGCAACCCUUGGACCCAUAGGUAACCUCGGACCUUUUAACACGGAGAUAACUCUUGUUUACAAAGAUGUCUUUGUAAAUGAAGGAAGAGCUUACAAUCCAACCACUGGAAUCUUCACGGCUCCUGUAAAAGGAGUCUAUUUCUUCACUUUCUCUGGACAUAACCGCUCAUCUAAAGCUAUGGGUCUAAGACUCUUAAAAAAUGGACAACAGAUGAUAACUGUUUUCAAUCAUCCUCUAGGUAACCGCUAUGAUACAGGAUCUAAUUCAAUCUCUUUGACUCUAAAUGAAGGAGAUCACGUCUACAUGCGCCUCCGGGCAAAUACAUGGGUCUUUGAUAAUGAAAAUGACCACACUUCAUUUAAUGGUCAUUUACUUUUUUCUCUUUGAUGGUCUUAUAAAAGCUUUAACAAACUUAAGUUGUGCUUUAAGUUUUAAUUGAUUCUUACAGUAUGCUUAAUUUUUGUCAUUAGCCAGUGUCCUUCACAUUUUUACUAAACAAUAUUAGUCAAUGACAUGAUUAGCACAGUCCUUGUAUGGAUAUUUUACAACAGUGUCAUUUUGGUGUAUAAUAGACAAUUUUUAUUUGUAAUUUGCGUACCUCUGACCAUUUUAAAUAUUAUCUAAAUAUCCCUAGGCUACUGUAUAUACUUUUUAAACACAAAAUUUAACAUUAGUUAUUGUUAUAUUUUUUUUUUUACGUUUCCUUAAUAAAUGAAAC